CCAUACAUCAUAAACACACGCUCAACAAUUCAUUUACAUCCCCUUAUAAUGACGUACAGUUACUGUAAUUCAACCCAAACUAUAAUAUGGCAGGUCAAUACCAAGGGAAACUCCAAGCACCUGUUUAUUAGUCAUGGUCGAACCUCCCAUAAAGUAAUUGACAAUGUACACUGUAUACUAGUGCGAAUCAAUCAUUGGUCCUCCGUGAUGUCUUUAUAGUCUAUUAAAGUACAUCUUUGUUCAUUCAUUCUCAGCAUUUUAAUCCUAAUGUUCUGGAGUUUGGCAGCAUUAUACAUUCUCAAUUCACUCAAAAGAUGAAGUCCAAGAGACAGCACUUGGAGACAACGUUUAGAUAAGCAGAAGACACUGUUUUGACACUCCUUUAGAAUGACCGAGAAGUUGACAACAGCAGACGUAUAUUUAGCAUACUGUGGUGACUUAUUUCUUUCUGUAAAUUGAUAUAAGUGAGGUUGUGACUUUCACUGGAGAAUACAUUGAAUUGUAGCUGUGACAACCGGAAAGACAUCAGAGAACAGUUGGUAUUCGAAGACAUAUAUUCCGAAAAAAAUUUCUAUCACAACGGAGGAUUAGGAAACACUAGCUAAUUAGAACCGACAGGAAAAUCUCUCACUGCGUAAUCCCGGGGAUUCUACAUAAAUCUCCGACACAGAGACAAAAGGCACAACGAGGGUGUCAGAGUUAAAAGAGAACAAUUGCUGAGAGUUUGGUAUAGGAAUAAAACAACAUGAGAAUAAAUGGCUGACUUUCAGGCCGCUUUACAAGGUAAUCAAGAUGGGUUUAUAUAAGGUUUUACAAAUCACUAAAUAAGGAAAAUAUCAGUGGAGUAAAAUACAAGGAAUAAAGAAAUCCUCCCAUUUCUAUGGGUGUUGUGAAUUUGGAAAGAAAAAGAAAACUUAGAGGCUCAGCAUCUGAUCAAUUCAUGAAGAAUUGAUUUAAAAGAUUAUAUGAUUAAGAAAAAGUGAAAAAAAAAAAAAGCUGAGCACUCAGUUCAACAUUCUUCAAAAUUGAUGAGCAGAGAAUGCAAAUAUUCAAAAUGCGGUCCAACAAUUCUAGUUUGUGUGAAACCGUGGAUGCACUUUGGUGGUGUGAGCAGGAGACCAGUUUAAUUGUAUUGAUGGUGAUUGCCAUCACAUUUUGUGCCAUUGGAAGUUUCGGAAAUCUUAUCACAAUCUUGGCCAUCAUUUUCUCCAACCUAAGAAGUAAUGUGAAUUGCAUUUUAAUCGGAAGUUUAAGCAUGGGCGGAUUUCUGUACUGUUCCGUGAUUCUUCCUCUCCAGGCGGUUAUAUACUUUGAAGUACAGGACAUUACCAGCGAGAUUUUCUGCCGUGUGAUGGCGGGGAUGAGAUACAGCCUAGUGGGAACAAUUCUGAUGAACCUGAGUGUAAUAGCGUUCUACAGAUUCUUGAACAUUGUCCACAUUAACUUGUACCACAAACUUUCCACCACCAGAUCCCUGGUGAUAGCCAUCGCUCUUAGUUGGAUAUUUCCCCUCUUUUUCACGUUGCCUCCUACCCUGUCAAUAUGGGGGUCCUUCUCUUUCAAUAAAAAAGUUCUGGCUUGUACAUUCUUUGAUAAUGGUGAGGCCAGCCACUCAAAUCGCUAUGUGACAGUGACUGCUGGAUUUAUAGUUCCCUGUUUCUUCAUUACGUUCUGCUAUGCGCGGAUAGGUUGCGUGGCUUACGGAAGCUCCAAACGUAUUGGACAAUGGAGCACCAACGCCACACAGACUAAAGCUCUGCGACUUUCCGCCAUGAUGUUGUGUAUAUUUGCCAUAUUUUUCGUGGGAACAUUUCCGUAUUUCACAGUUAAUGUUUACGACAGGAACUUUGAGCAGCCUAUCCAUCAUCUGUGGACCACGGUGCUAGGAUGGCUGUCCUAUUGUUUGAAUCCCGUGGUGUACACCGUCAUGGACCGGAAUUUCCGCACCGCCUACCGGCGGUUCCUCAUGGGAGACUGUGAACGGUCACCACUGCACAGACAUGGGUCAUUCAUUCCACCACCCACACCUGUCUAGUGCUACCUGGAUGACCCGCCAUGGUUCUGAUACUGAGAUUAUUAUGAUGUCACAGUUACUUAAUUGUUGAUUAUGACAUCAUUAGAUUGCUGAUUUAUCUGUGUCUAUAAAGCUAAAAUUAGUGAUAACCUUGACAUAGUUGCAUUUUAAUGAGGACAAAAAGCCUAUAGCUUUUGGCUAUUUUUUUUUGUACAUCCUUGUAUAUAUGGGAGUAUUGUUUCAAUCAAAAUAGCUCACAGUGAGAAUUCCCAUGUGCACAUAAAUGAAGUCACUUGCCAUGAGCCCUGAAAUUAUUUUCUUUGUGCAUAUUGACUGUUUUAAUUGGUGCUAAAAAACUCAUAUGUUGCAAUUUUGUAAUGAUAGUGUAUUGAUUCCAAUAUUGGUGGAUCUGUUAAUUGGGACAGUUGAGAAUCUAUUUUAGCUACAAAUUUGUGCUUUUCUGUGCCACUUCUCAUUGUAAUAUUUGCUGUUUGUAUAUUUUAUUGAUCAGUUCAAUUAUUUUUAUGUUUUUUUAAUUACAAAGACAAUGAUGUUGAUGUUUUUGAUUUUUCGGAGUGGAGGGAAGGAUGAGGUGAUUUGUUCCAGUAUUAGUUCAUGUUUAACAUUCCACGUUGGAAUCUGAAUUGAGCAUCAUUAAAGAGAAAUAUCAAAAGUUAA